AUGUCGGCCUCAGGAUCAGGAUCCGGGUCCAACGCGCCAUCGGGUUCCUCGAACUCCUUGAAGAAGGUGUUUCCCUCCGUUGACCUCCAAGGCAACGACCUCCCGCCUUCCCCCGCGCCCUCCAGUCCUCACGGUGGCCGCCGCUACAAUAUUGCCACCGAGCUGGUCUUCACCGAGGGAAACGACCAGUACAAUGCCAGCAGCGUGCCGAUCUACCAGAGUGCCACCUUCAAGCAGACCUCCGGCGGCGGAGGUGGAGAAUAUGACUACACACGGUCCGGUAACCCGACCCGCACCCACCUGGAGCGACACCUAGCGAAGAUCAUGUCCGCGCAGCGCGCUCUGGUGGUAUCAUCCGGUAUGGCGGCGCUGGACGUUAUCACCCGCCUCCUGCGGCCCGGCGACGAAGUUGUAGCCGGCGAUGACAUCUACGGCGGCACAAACCGUCUACUGAAAUACCUCUCUGACAACGGGGGCAUCAAGGUGCAUCACGUCGACACCACGCAGCCGGAAAAGGUGACCGAAGUCCUGAAUGACAAGACUGCCAUGGUCCUCCUCGAAACCCCAACCAAUCCCCUCAUCAAAAUCGUCGACAUCGGCACCAUCGCUUCCGCAGCCCACGAAGCAAACCCUUCCUGCCUCGUCUCCGUCGAUAACACCAUGAUGUCACCCCUCCUCCUCAACCCUCUCGAACUAGGCGCUGACAUUGUCUACGAAUCCGGUACCAAGUACCUCUCCGGCCACCACGACUUGAUGGCCGGUGUCCUCGCGGUCAACGACCUCACCCUCGGCGAACGCUUGUACUUCCCCAUCAACGCCUCAGGAUGCGGUCUCUCGCCCUUCGACUCGUGGCUCCUCCUGCGCGGCGUGAAAACGCUCAAGGUCCGCAUGGACCAGCAGCAGAGCAAUGCGCAGCGUAUUGCGGAGUUCCUCGAAGCGCACGGAUUCAAGGUGCGAUACCCUGGACUCCGCUCGCACCCGCAGUAUGAGUUGCAUAAUUCGAUGGCGCGUGGCGCGGGCGCCGUGCUUUCCUUCGAGACCGGCGAUGUCAAUGUCAGCGAGCGGAUUGUGGAGAGCGCGAAGAUCUGGGCUAUAAGUGUUUCCUUUGGGUGUGUGAAUAGUUUGAUUAGUAUGCCUUGCCGCAUGAGUCAUGCUAGUAUUGAUGCGAAGACGAGGGCGGAACGGGCGCUUCCGGAGGAUUUGAUUCGGUUGUGUGUGGGUAUUGAGGAUGUGGAUGAUUUGAUUGAUGAUUUGCAACGUGCUCUUGUGCAGGCGGGUGCGGUGAAUGUGACACUGGAUGGAUUCCAGGCUCAAACUCAGACUUAG